AUGUCCUCCUCCAAGAUCCCCGUUCUGACCGAUAAGGCCCCCAAGCCCUUGCCCGGCAUCUACAGUCAAGCCAUCAUUGCCAAUGGCAUGGUGUUCUGCUCCGGCGCCGUUCCCAUGGACCCGGUGACUAUGGAGAUCAUCGAUGGUGACAUCCAGGCACAUACGCAUCAAUGCAUCAAGAACCUUACCGCCGUCUUGGAAGGAGCCGGUACUACGAUUGACAAGGUCGUCAAGGUGAACGUGUUCCUCGCCAACAUGGACGACUUUGCUGCAAUGAAUGAGGUCUAUUGCACCUACUGGGGCGAAGUCAAGCCUUCCAGAACUUGUGUUGCGGUCAAGACCCUGCCACUGAAUGUCGACGUUGAGAUUGAGUGCAUAGCUGUUCUGUAG